GAAGCGUAAGGCGGAGGAGAAGCCAAAGAAAGAGAAACACUCGAGGGCUUCGAUCUCCCCCUUCGAAGACCCGAACAAGGAAAGAAGAAAAAGGGAGGUUUAAAGGCGGAGGGAGGAAGGGGGGGAGAGAGGGAAGGCUGGCCAAUUGCUCCUCUUUUGGCUUCUCUUUGGCUUUAAUGGUGCCGGAAGGAAACUUAAAAGUAAGAGAAAGCGAGAUCUCUCGGAUGGUGCUUGGCUCCUGCCGUCGUGGCCAAAAAGGGACACGGGGUCUUGUUGGUAUGCGCCUUCGGCUUUUGCCAGAUCGAUGUACGGAUACCCUUCGCCUUUUCCUGUUCACCGCACACCCGUGAGAGAGAGAGAAUGUAACUAUAUUUACUGAAUGAUUUCGGGUGUUCUCGCCAGUUGAAGGAGGGGAGAAAGGAGUGAGCUUCCGUAGUUCCGUCUUCCUGUUGCCGCUAUUUCGUUGCUUCUUUUGCUGCAUUGCUCCGUUGCAGACCGAGGCUGCUAAGUUGGAAUCUUGAUUCGUUUCCUGGGCAUUGAUUGCUCCCGGUUUGCUUGAGCUCCCAGCUUCGCUGAUGCAGCUGGCAGCUGUGUUACAGUAAGGUCGAAGGAAAAAUCUUCUGGUGAGAUCAGGGCAGAAGUCGAUCCAAGCUGAUAAAUUUCUGUUGCCAAAAAUGGCUGUUGGAAGCUACCCUUGUUGUUUGCUCAUCUUAUCCAUGAUCUUGAUCCUUACUCCGUGCGCAUACCAAUUGCAACCAGCAGAAGUUUUGUCCCUCCUCCGAAUCAAGCGGCUCUUGAACUACCCAGCUAUCUUAAGUAGGUGGAAUGUUGAUACAGACUUCUGCAGCUACGAAGCAAACCCAUAUGUAACUAUAAUUUGCUACGAAGAGAGCAUAACCCAAUUGCAUAUAACCGGCAAUAAGAGUGCUCCACCUCUUCCUCGAAGCUUCUCUAUGACUCUCUUAUUUGCUACUCUGUAUCGGCUCCCUAAUUUGAAGGUCCUCUCUCUGACAUCCCUGGGUUUGUGGGGUCCCCUGACCGGGAAGAUUUCUCGUUUAUCUUCUCUAGAGAUAGUCAACAUGAGCACAAACUAUUUGUAUGGAGCAAUUCCUAAACAAGUUUCCAGACUGACAAAUCUCCAAACUCUGAUACUUGAUCAUAACAUGUUCAGUGGACGUGUUCCGGAUUUGUUAGGUGAGCUUCCACGCCUGUCUGUUUUGAGCUUAAAGAACAAUUCUUUGAGUGGGCCUCUGCCGGAUUCCUUUAGCAGCUUAAAGCCACUCAGGGUGCUUGUGCUGUCCUCCAAUAGCUUGUCAGGGGAAUUGCCUGAUCUCAACAGUUUAUCAAACCUUCAAGUGCUGGAUUUGGAGAACAAUUACUUUGGACCACGGUUUCCAAGCUUGGGGAGGAAGGUUGUCACCCUUGUGUUGAGAAAGAACAGGUUUUCUGGUGGCUUGCCAGCUGAAGUAAAUACUUAUUAUUUGCUCGAACACUUGGACAUAUCCUUCAACAGAUAUACUGGGCCCUUCCCAGCAUCUUUGUUGUCUCUGCCAUCUAUUCAUUAUCUCAGUAUUUCUGGAAACCGAUUCACUGGCAUGCUUUUGCAAAGUAUGUCGUGCAAUGGUGAACUUGAGUAUGUGGACUUGUCGUCAAAUCUUCUGACCGGGAACUUGCCGACGUGCCUGAUUUCAGACUCUAAGAACAAGGUGACUUUGUACUCGGCAAAUUGUUUUGCGACCGAGGAUCACAGCCAACACCCAUUAUCAUUUUGCCAGAAUCAGGCAUUGGCUGUGGGAAUAAUACCUCACAAGGAAAAUAAAGUGUCAGGUGCUAAAGCAACCCUUAUGAUUGGAAUCACGGGAGGCAUUUUUGGAAGCAUUUUUCUUGGGAUGAUAAUUUUCUUUUCGCUUAAAAAGGCUACUAUGAAGCCGGCACUGAACAAAUCACAAAGGAGUUUAGCAGAGCAUGCCUCUGUGGGGUAUUCUUCCCAGUUACUCCCCGAUGCAAGUUACAUAUUACAAACAAUGAAGCUAGGAGAACUUGGUGUUCCACCUUAUCGAUCAUUUUCCUUGGAGGAACUUGAAGCUGCUACAAAUAACUUUGACACAUCUAGUUUCAUGGGAGAAGGUUCUCAUGGUCAGAUGUAUAGAGGAAAACUUCAAGAUGGUUCUCUGGUGGCAAUAAGAUGCCUGAAACUGAAGAAAGCCCUAAACUCCCAGAAUUUUAGUCGUCACAUUGAACUGAUUUCAAAGCUGAGGCAUCACCAUUUAGUCAGUGCCCUCGGGCAUGGCUUUGAAUAUUACCUGGAUGAUUCCUCUGUCAGCAGAUUAUUUAUUGUUUUUGAGUUUGUCUCAAAUGGAACAUUAAGAAGCAACAUUUCAGAGGGAGUUCCUGGAGAAACGCUUACAUGGACACAGAGGAUAUCAGCUGCCAUUGGUGUUGUAAAGGGCAUUCAAUUUUUGCAUGGAGGCAUGGUACCUGGCUUGUUUGCAAAUGAUCUGAAGAUCACAAAUGUUCUUUUGGAUGAGCACCUUGUUGCAAAAAUCAGCAGCUAUAAUCUGCCGAUACUAGCAGAGCAUAUGAAAUGUGAGAUGAUGGUUGGAAGUUCUUCAAGUGGGUUAAGAGAACCCAAUGAAAGAACAAAGUACAUGGAUAAGAUCGACAUACAUGAUCUUGGUGUCAUCUUACUGGAAAUUAUAACCGGAAGACCAAUCAUAUUCAACAGCGAGGUUGUGAACAUAAUGAAAAAUCAGCUGCAAGAAAGCAUAGCAGCCGAUGGGAUUGCAAGGAUGAGCUUUGUGGAUCCAGUGAUCAUUAAUGCAUGCUGCGAUGAAUCAUUAAAGACUGUUAUGGAGAUCUGCUUACGAUGCCUUUCGAAGGAACCAACACAACGACCCUCGAUCGAGGAUGUGCUUUGGAACUUGCAGUUUGCUGCUCAAGUCCAGGAAUCUUGGAGGAGGUACUCUCACAGCAGCGAAGAAUCCCCGCUUUCACCUUCGCUUCCUUCACAAUCACCAAUAGCGCUUAGCUGCUAACACCACUCUUUUAAGUGCAGAGUCAUGAUACUGAGACCUGCACAGCGGUUUGAUUCAUUUGAUUAGUUAGAUUGUUAUGGUUUAAGUACUUGCUUGUUGUUGUAUGUUAAGGUACUACUUAGACCAAGACUUGGCAGAUCUGACCAAGAUAAGUUUUUAUUGAUAUUAUUUUCGUUUUGAGA